GUAGUCCUAGUAAUUCAAAGAUGGCGGACGAGGAUGUAGAGGAACUUGAACAGAGUUUAUCACAAUUUCGCACAGAGGAACCAAAUACCCACCUCAUCUUAGUAGCUGCUCAGAAGUGCGUCAGUAAUGGAAAGUGGAAACAGCUUGUGGAAAGUUUUACUCGGCCUGAACAUAAGGAUGCUUUGGAAUUUGUUGGCUGGGAACUUAUUGGAGUCAUAUCUCAAGCAGUUGUUGAUGAGUUUGAAUCAGAUGCUUUUCAAGAGUGCAAUAAAAUUCUCAAAAUAAUUGCUGAGAGAUGCAGUGCAAAGGAGGUCUGUAUUGGGAUAUUAGAGCAGCUUGAAUCUGAGACAGCUUGCAACUUGAAAAAGUUUGUUGCUUUGUUGGAAGCACUUCAAAUAGCAAUAGACAGGUUGAAGGAGAGGAAAUCAAAACUUGUUGGUAUGGUGCUACCUUGCAUUACUCAAUAUAUCAGAGGUAUUCAAUUAGCAGAUGAAAUAGUGGAUCAAAAAGAGUCUGGCAGUAGAUGUCCAGCAGUGCCAUGUGUUAUGAAACAUGUACUGGAUUUUCUCAGGCCAUUUGUGCAAGAAGUCAAUAUGAAGUCAUCAUCCUCAGAAAUAUCUUCCUCAAGUUCAUACAUCACUAGUUUGAAAACAGACAUUAGCAAAUGGGGAUGCAAGCAGCGAAAACUGGAAGUAUCCCUCCACGCAGAGAGUUUUGUCUACAGUUUGCAAUAGCAUGAGUUCCUGUCAUAGAAAGUGUUAUCAGUCGGUUAUCAUCUCUUCUAAUGAGACACCUGCCAAAUGUUGUCGUCAGAUCUGUGUCCAACCUAUUUACUGCGUAAGAACUUGUUGCGAAAUCUUGUGGUGGAAAACAGGAUUGUCAUGGCGCCAAGGAAAGGGUUCAUGCUCUUCACUUGCGUCAUCAACGAUAAUGUAUUGUACUUGUUCUUGCAAUACUGGUGUGUCCUAAGUAGCUGUAUUUGUAUAGAAUGUCCUGGUCAAUUCUUCAAGAAAAAUUCAGCUGUGUCAAGUUUCCCAAUGAAUUUAAGAGCGAUUGGAAAGAAGAUCACUUCGGCCAGCUGAUAGAGACAAUUAUGACGGUAAGGCCUACUCUGAAUAUUUCGAAAUUGUGGCUUUCAUUUGGUUCGCUGGCCUUUUUGUUAUGCUAACGGCUAGAAAAUAACUUGUCAUCAGAAACAAGUGCAUUUGUGUGUUUAAAAUUGUUCAACAACAUUUGCAAAUUGCAUGUUCAGUGACCGGUGGAUGAGAGAAAGGUCAACAAAAAUAGAUUUUGCCAUAAUGACACCAAAAGCUACUGGAAAGAGAGGUUGUGCUUGCCCCAAGGUCUCGCCAAAUCUGCAAUAAAUUUGUCAGAAUGCUGACAUCGAUACACAGCUUAAUGUUUUGUUCAUCAGAACAGUGGGUACACACUUCGUACAGUUCCAUGUAAUGCGAAAGAAAUAAUCACACGGCUUAAUGUUUUGUCCAUCAGAACUGGCGGGUACACAACUCAUACAGUUUGAUGUAAUGCGAAAGAAAUAAUCAUGUGGCUUAAUGUUUUGUCCAUCAGAACUGGCAAGUGACCCACCUCAUACAGUUGGAUUUAACACGAAAGAAAUGAUCACGCAGCUUAGUGUUUUGGCCAUCAGAACUGGCAGGUGACACACCUCAUACAGUUUUAUGUAACGCGAAAGAAAUAAUCACACAGCUUAAUGUUUUGUCCAGCAGAACUGGCAGGUGACCCACCUCAUACAGUUCAAUUUAACGCUGAAGUAAUAAUCACGCAGCUCAAUGUUUUCUUUGAUGUAACAUGGCGCUACUGUGAAUCAUUUGCUAGUGCAUCAAUGAGCCAAAUAGCAAGCACAAAACACUGUCCAUAUCUUCCACUACCAGCUGGAUCUAGAGAAAAGUAUUCAAGGUAUUCUGGGUUCAGUUCCCUCAGAUUGAUUUUGGAUUCAUUGGACACAUGUUUUUCUGUGAGACCUUCAUUGCGAUUUUGUUUACAAUAAUAAAAUUAUUAGUUGUUGUUCCUCUUGAGGGUAUUUUCACUUCAGAUUGCUUUAAAGGCUUCCCUGUUUUUUGGAAUCUUUUGAGAAGGUAAUGCAUUUUGAAGGAGACAAGAGAGGUUUUCCUUGUUCACUUGAAGUUCCAAUUGCUAAACUAGUGCUUCAGCGUUCGCUUCCUGUCAUGUAGUGGUCUCUGCAGAUGUAUCCAUUUGAUCAUUAUUUCAUCUGUCACACAAGGGACCUGACCGAAUAAAGGAACUUAUGUCUGUGUGUGAAACAAGAGCACGCAUCAAUUAUAUUUUGAUGGCAUAUAUUAGUUGGUCCUUUGUAUUUCUCUGUUCUCAAAUUUAUUCCCCUUCAUCUGGUGUCCUUCAGAUCUAAUGACAUUUAUAUGACAGUGAAACAGAUUAUAACACCUUGCUCAGCUCAAGGCGAAGGAGCCUGGGGUUAGGUAUGUUAGGAAUGCUAGGAAACUUUCCUAGCAUUCCUCUGUGAUACGUCCAGUUUUUGCCGCUUGUGUCCCCUCAUGCAGUGUUUUUGUUUGCAACCAGAGAUUAGUAUUUUAGCAGUUAGCAGUUAGUGAUCAGUGAUAUUGUUACAUUUCAGUUCAUCGCUCUCAAGUGAUGGCACACUCGUCUGGUGGUUGAUUUUUUUUAGUUUCAAUCAUAGUGCACUUGUAGCAUGUAAUCUAGUAUGCAUCGCAUGAUGUGCAGAACCUGCAUGCUAUAACAAAAGUGGGCACUGUCCUUUGGAAAUGUGGUUAAAGACGCCCUCUUGUGUUUGAUGCCAUUAUUAAAAACCAAGAUUUUAAACCAGGUCACAUUUAAAAAAGGUCCAAAAUUGUACUUUGUUUAAUUACAUAUACUUAUUGAUCACUUUCGUGCAGCUUGAUUCAACUCCUGGAUUACCCACUAGUUUUCUUAGAUUUAACAAAGGAUGGUAUAGAGACGACGGACUCGGAUGACGAGAACAGUGAAUC